AGAAAUCAUGGUAUACUCCUGUAAAAUAACGCAGAGGGGACAGUCUUCUCGUAUUUAAUAUUUAUUUUUUGUACCUUUUACUGACUUCUUUUCUGUUAUAUUAACUCAUAACUCACCAUAAAACAAUAUAUACAACUAAAUGGUAGCUAAAUGGAGUCCGAGAUUCACAAAUCAAUAUGUAUUAGCAGAAAAAAAAAAAAAAACCAUCUAGCGGUUCACUUGCAUAAGAAUAAGAACCAAACUUUCUUAAUCAACCUUUGAUGCCAAUUAUGGCCAACUCCUAAUUAUCCCAUGCAAAACAAAAACCACUCCUCAUUAUUUUACCUACCUUUUGUGUUCCAUACAUCCCAUCACAUCCACCGCUCCUCAUUCUGGCAUGGAGGAGCGGUCACCACCUGCCGGCCAUGUAAACGGCAAAGCCAGAAACCUCCUUUCAUCAGCCACAUCGUUGCGUCUCUCUCUCACACCAACUCGCUCAUUAGAUCAUACCUAUGUUGUCCAAAUCCCUCGCGAUCAAGUUUAUCGCGUCCCUCCUCCUGAAAAUGCCAAAAUUGUGGAGGAGCAUCGCCAACCAACUUCUCAAAAGAAACGAAAAUGUACAUGUUGUUGUAUGGUCCUGGCCGCGUUACUUGUAAUAGGUAUCAUGCUAGGAAUUAUCGUGUUGAUCGUGCACAUGUUGUACGCCCCUAAAUGUCCUGAAUUUUCAAUUGCGAAUGUCCAUUUCAAGAACGUUACGCUACCUCAAAAUGGUCAUCAAAAGAAUAAGAGUCCUCCACAAACACACCCUCAAUUUGAGAUCGACUUGAAAAUCGUUAAUGUAAAUGAGAGAAUGGAUGUCGCAUUUGGUAAAGGAAAUAAUGGGAAAGCGACACUUACUUUCAAGAAACAUGAAAUUGGACAAGGGAAAUAUCCCUCGAUUUCUCAAAAACCUAAGGAUUCAACCAAUUCACAUUUCAACCUUGGUGUUGGGAAAUUGCCUGGUGAUAUUGCAAAAAGUCUUGAUGAUGACAAGAAGCCUAUACCAAUGACUUUAAGCAUUCAAGCACCAAUGGAGAUCACGAGCUGGGCAAAAAAUUUAAAGAAAGACAUGAUUGUUACGUGUGAUUUCGACGUUGAAUCGGUGAAAAAUAAAUCCAAGAUUAAAUCCGAAGACUGUACGACUAAUUUCUAAUGCAAAGAAGAUGGCUCGUGAAAUUGAUUUUCUUCGUGGCAUAGAUGCAUUUAUUUGUCAUUAUCAUCUAUGUUAUUUUUCAAGCUUGACACUUGAUGAUCACCACUGUUGUAAGUUGUAACCUCUUUUCUUCAAUUCUCUUCUGGUAUUCCAGCUUUUUUCUCCUCAAUUGAUUACCCAAGUUCUUUAAACUUUUGAAUUCGGGUGCCAUGUGUUGUAUAAGGUAUAUAUAACUUGGAUUUUUUAGAUUGAAUGAAGUGUAAAGUAUUCUACUUUACCUCCUAGAUUAUACAUUUUACAUUUCUGAUUUCCCAUAAGUUAUUCUAGUUUAGCUAGCUAAGACUUUUUCCUUU